CACAGUUAUUGUGGGGGAAACCCUGUCGCUAAGUCAUUUCGCGAAUGUAUUACAAAUUAAUUAUUUAAUUUGAAUCAUCUGUGAAUUAUUUCUAUUUAAAAUAUAUUUAAAAUAUAUUUGUAAAUAUAAGUGGCUUUAGAAAAUGUGUUUCCCGGUGUACGACUGCUUCUUCUGUAUCAAACUCGAUGCUGCUUCGAAGAUAAUUGGAUUUAUUUAUGCGGUGCUGUGCGCCGGUUUGACAGUGCUUUACAGCGUGCCCCUAGCGCUGGCGUGGGACGCCCUACCACCCUCCCGGGCGCGCUUCUACUUCGCCAUGGCCGCGUCCAUGGGCACCCUGGCCGUGGCCUCUUGUAUGCUUAUUGUUGGCGCUUUUUGGAAAAAGCCAGUGUUCUUCCUGCCGUGGGUGGUAGUGGCGUCACUAACGAGCCUGCCCCUGAUGGUGACGUGCGUGGUGGGCAUGGUGACCCUCCCGCUGCGUCACGCUAACGCCGACAGCGCUGCUGACGAGAGCUGCAUCAUCUCUAUGUACUUCGUGCACGCGAUUCUGCUGUUUUACUUCUCCUGUGUGGUCAACAGCCGACGAAAGGAGCUCCUGCGACGGAACGACAAAGCGGACAGCGCUCUGUACACCGUGAUACACAAUCAGUACCACACCAAAGUUUAGAUGUAUGGAAUUAAGGUCUGUAAUAGCCCACCGGAAUAUCAAAAUUGAGGAAUUUUAAGAAAAGAAGAAAUUGUAAUAGGUACGUGCUAUUGCAUUUGUAAUGCAUUUUUUGGACGGAACGAGAAUUCUGAGUAAAUUAUAAGAAAUCGACAAUGAUAUUACUUUAAAA